CAAAGUGUGUCUGUUCUGUAUCCAGACGUCGGCGGGCGAGGCAACCAAGUAAUGUCGCACUACGGACGAGCAGGAGGCGAGCGUGUGACGCUCGCGGUGGACUUGGAUCACACACUUACUAAGCUGCUAGAGUGUGCAGCUGCAUGGCAUGAAGCCGAGCACGGCGCGAAGAUUGACGCGGAGAAUGUCGCGUCGGCGAGCUGGGCGACCGUUUGGGGUGGAGGCGACGCCGAGAGCAAGACACACCAGUUCUUUGAGUCCAAAAAGUUCGAGACGGAGUUGGCAGCAGUAGCAGGCGCCAAUGAGGUGCUCAAGCCACUACGCAAGUAUUUCUCGCUGCUGGCUAUUACGGAUCGUCCGCGGUUCGUGGAGAAGCAGACACGUGAGUGGCUAGAUCACCAUUUGUCUGGUGUCUUCGACAAGCUCGUGUUCGUGGACGAGGACAGUCCCGAGCACCUGGUAGCACGGAAGAAGGAGUUGUAUGACGACCUGAAGGUCAAGGUUGCAGUAGGCUCCGAUGCUGCGAUGCUUACAGAGGCAGCCGAGCACGUUGGACACGUGGUCAUCGUCGGUUCGGUGCCGUGGACGAAGCCUGUCGAGAAGUCUCGAAGUGGCGUGACUCAGGUCACCGAGUGGUCAGAAGCUAAGGAGACGUUCGACCAGCUCAUUAAGGAUCUCGAGCUCCAGCCGCUCGACAAGAUAUUCGCAGGACCACGUCUCGCACGAUACACAGACGAUUUAGUCACAGUCUCGACGCGGAAGCCAGCAGUAUUCUACGCCAACAUCAUCAACUCCAAGUUCAUGGUACAGAAGCAAGAGACUGUUCGACUGCAAGCGUCUGAGGCGGCGAUCACGACGGCUGUGCAGGCGGCCGAGAUCCUGCGCAUCCAGAACAACGCCAUCACGACCAAAAUCUCGACGCGAUAUGCGCUGAACCGCCCCAAGGACCGCGGCGGCUACCGCGUGCCCAAGCUGGAGCUGGUACUUCAACGCGUCGCGCCCAAAGCGUAGUUGGAGCUGAGGUCGAUGUUAACACAGAGAGGAGGAAAGCAGUGAGAACAGAGCAGUGUUGCUGCGACUGGUAGCAGAAGCCCGACAGGGCAAACAAAACAGGAAACAGUGACGUCUAUAAGUCUCUGCCGCGCUCACUCGUCUCGAGCGGCUCUAGAUCUGGUCUCCAUGUACUCUCGGCGCUCUUCGUCGCGCUGUUGGCGACGCUCCGCCUCGGUCACCGUCACAAUAUCGUCUGCGGAGCAGAAGUCGGCAGCGAUUUAGUCUUUUAUUCCAGUGUAUUUCCCAGUCUACAAUAAGAUCUGACAGGUGCACGUACAGAAGCCGGUCUUGACCAUGAACAACUCCAUAGCUGCGCCCGUCACGAAGCAGAGAGGCACCAGCUUCUUCAGGAUCGGCGUGAGCGCCACCGUCGCUUGCGGCGCCAUAGUUGAUCCCCUAAGUUUGUUGUGUAUAAAUGAUGUACAAAUUGUGAUUGGUACAGUGUACCGACUUCGAGC